AUGGAGUUUUCGCGUACAACAAAUGAUGCCUCAUUUGCCCAGCCAACCGAUAAAUUCUGGUCUCUGUACCUCGCAGAAGUGCAAACGCAGGACAAGCAGCGGAUCGACCGGUGGAAAGGAGACGCGGAUGGCAUAUUGAUCUUUACCGGUUUGUUCGCCGCAACUGUUGCGACCUUCGUCGUGGCAAGCUAUCCCAACCUCUCUCCCGAUACUGGUGACGAGACCGUCGCCCUUCUGUCCGACAUCGCUGCGCUGCUCUCGAACGGAACCCGUGCGAAUGCCUUGGUGACGUCAUCGGCCUCGCAGUCCGCGGAAACUGGCUCGCAGCCCUCGGUCACAGAUGUAUGCGUCAAUGCUCUUUGGUUCUUGUCUCUGAUCGUCGCCGUCUUCGGUGCCAUGCUCGCCACUCUCGUACAACAGUGGUCACGCCAAUACGCCCAAAAUACCCAGCGUCGCGGUUCACCCACCGUUCUAGGGCCGAUUCAUCUCUUCAUCUCUUCGGGCAUCGACCUCUUCUUGAUGGAGGACGCUAUCGGUAUCAUCGUCUCCCUGAUUCAUCUAGCGGUGUCGUUGUUCGCUGUCGGUCUCCUCAUCUUUUUAUACUCCGCGAAUCAUGCGAUCGCCUGGCUCGCCAUUGCGGCAGUGUCUAUCGCGGCAGCGUGUUACCUGCUGCUGAGUGUCUUGCCGUUAAUCUAUCCCGAAUCUCCAUAUCGCACUCCGUUUACCACUUGGCUGCGGCUUUGCAUUGCUCUAGUCGGUCUUGCACAUAUGACUAUCAAGACCUUCCUGACACGUGUGUCUUGCUACUUUCGCGAUCUGCGUAACAGCUUUAGAAGUGCGCAUUUGCCAACGACGUACGCCUCUGCUUCCGAUUCCAAGAAGAGUCUCGAUUUCCGAUUCCGAUUCCGCUUCAAAGUGCGCAACAGCUUUACGGAGAUCAAAGAAGUUGCGAGGAGUCCCACUGCUCGACAGGUCCUGAAGGCAAUAGACGCCGUCUGGCAGAACGCUGACGAAGCCGAUGAGAUCAUGAUGUUCUGUUCAGCUGUGAAGCCGAUGCUGUCCUUUCCCUACAAGUCUGAACGCUCUAAUACGGAUUCGGAGUUUCAAGAGCGUUCGCUGAGUGGCUUAUUGUUGACCAAGACCGAUAUCAUCACUCGCGUGCAUUGGCUUAUCAUGUCGAUCAAGAACUUGCCGCCCACGGUUCCAGAGGCAGAGCGUAACGCAAGAGUGGUCGUCGGCUUUCGCUUCUUGCAUGAUCUCCUGAAUAAUCAUGUGUCUUCGCUCGGCGACCAAGCCCUUGAACCUCAAGUUGUGGAAGCGUUUACGAAGCUCGUGAUCGAUCUCACUACCUUCAUAGCUCCCCAGCCCAUUUCAAGCCCCAGCGCCUCUGACACUUACGUUUCAACGUUCCUCCUGAUUCGUUGCUUUUCAUACCUAUUUCCCGGCUUUAGACGAUCUGACAUGAACACCCGCACUCUCGAAGACUACCUUGAACAAAAUCAUCCGCAUGCGCAUGCGGAAGAGUUGAAGGGUUGCAAGAACUUCCACAAGGGCGGUGUCUCUGGCUUUCUUCCCGAUACGUUUCAGUCAUUCGCGUUCAUGGGACCCGUCGAAACGAAGAUGGGUGUUCCGAGAGUUGGAAGAGCCUUGGACUGUGCGCAUUGCAGAGUCGUUUCUAUUACCACUUUCGUGCUUGACUUUGGGGCCAGUAGCCCGGGAGCUGCGCAAGCGGUCAUUGGACUUACGCAUGUGUGGUGGCCAAUCGUGGACUCUUUGUGUGAAGAGACGGGGAUAACAGGGCCUGACUACAACAGAAGGGUCGAACCGAAUCACUUAUCCCAUUAUCUUAUCGCCGAUCUACUCAACACGAUGAAAGUCGACAGUUGGAGAGGCCCGGGGCGCAUAGACGCCAAUUCGUCUCAUCCAUCGGAUUUCCCUUGGAGGGUCAACAAUGAGCGCUAUGAUCAUAUAUUACUCUUCUCUUCCCAGCUGCGUGGUGUGAUACGGGCGUUCAUCCAUUGCUUCCAGGAAAGCGACAUUGCUUUAAUGCCUAUUGAGAGCAUAUACAAGAGCCUGUCGCCGCUCGGAAGAGCUCAGAACACGCCUGAGGACUUGGCCACGACCGUACCUAGUCGUUCAGCAACCCUAGUCUCGGAGAAGGGAAGAAGAGCGACAUGGAGUAGUUUCAAGCCUACGCUCAGUCUCAGUCGCAGCACAAGAACAAGUAGCGGAAGUGAUCCUGGAGAAGCGGAUAUGCUCUCCGGCAGUCUGAAACGGCUUGGUGCGAGUGUCGAUGAGCCCUCUAUGAACGCCUCGGCUCCGCAGAGCCCGGAUUCGAAGAGGACUCCGCCAAGCAGCCGAAGGCAGUCCUUCAGUAACAAGAGGUAUAGCAUCGAAAGACGGAGCACGGAACAGCGCCGCUCUCCACUGGCUUCAUCAACCAUAGCUUCUGAAUCAAGCCGUGCAGAGAACAGUGUCGAUGCGGCGUUACAUUUGGCACAUUCGCCUCUGGCUUAUACUGAGUCGUACCCCAGCAGAGAAGCCACGUAUGCGGCGAAUUGGGGUGAUCAACACCAUCGUAGUCAAUCUCCUCCUGCAACGAACAGCAUCGAUCGCAUUGCGCCCCGCGCUCUUCGCAUCAAGCCACAUGUCUCUAUACCACCCCCGGUCGCGACGGCAACACGACCUGAUUACCGUUCGAGGCGCCCAGCCUCCCCGGGGAUAGAUAGUCUCGCUUACACCAGCUACACUCUACGAUCCUUACCAGAGACCGAGUGGGACGAGUGGGACGAGAUGGUCCGGAUGGGCCAUACUGUACCAAUAUCGCCACCGGACACGACACGAGUGCCUGCGUCCAAGGUUGUAGCAGAGGGUACCGAGCACUCGCACGAAGCUCCCGAGAUCAACAAGCCCGAAACUACUUCAGAAGCUCCUGAUACCGCGGACAGUUUUGUCGUUGAGCCGUCUUUCUCCAACGGCAAGGCGCCACAGCGUAACGAUAGCGAGGACCCGGAGCAAGGCAGACAGCAGAUGACGAGAUCUCAACGUUUGGCAUUCCUGAGUAGUCCUAGUCGCGCGGCAUCAGUAGAGAACCGGGCACAUGCGGCUGUCUUGGAAGCAGCGCAAUCUAUCCAGACAGUGAGGUUCUUGGAGGACGAUGAGGAUUACACGGAGGAGCCGAGGCAGGUCCUUUGA